AUGUUUUUUCUUUGCUCCAAAGAAUUAAUUGAAAUGUCUUCAAUAUAUCCCAGGAAAGCUACGAAUCCAUUAUCUAAUGAUCAUGUAUUUAGACGGGCAAGACUUUUUGAACCAACACUCGAUGUAACGCAUUCAGACAUAACCGUCGAUGGGGAAGCCAAACUAUCCCUACCCUCUCUUUUAUUCGAAGAUGAAUCAGAAUGGCCCAUAUCGCCGAUCGGUUCCAUCUGCAAACUAGCAUCUGAUCGGGAGUGUAUUUCUUCUCAUUCUCGUUCAAAUGACUUAUUGGCCAGUGAAAUUCCUCACUUUUGCUGUGAUUCGAAUCAAUUUAAUACAACUUCCAACUUUUCGAGAUCGUUUGUAAGAAAGAAAUUACCAUGGAAAAAACCGACUGAUCCUAUAAUUUUCCCCUUAAGCGCCUCAGAACUGGACCCCAAUCCAACGCCUGGAGUUAGAAGAUCCAAGAGACCUCGACCAUGUGUUCAUCCUGGACUUGUUAAUCUCUACGAGGAUCGAUUCGAUCCUGAGACCAAAUUUUGGUACCGAGGCAUCUAUGCUCGUGCAUUAUUUCCUAGUCCCCGAGAGAUUAAACGUCGACAACGGUUGUAUAAUCGCAUACAAGCAGGUGUCUAUUCUAAUUUUAAUUAUACUCUAUGCUUUUUACUUGUCGAGCUGAAAAUGGCGCAAGCCUCAUAUGUCAUCGUUUAUGGAACCACAAUUCUUAUGAUUUAUUUUGUAUGGUAG